GUUUUGGAUUUAAUGUAAUUCUAUUUUAAAAUCGAAUUUUCUUCCAAUUUAAAUUUCGAAUAAAUCCAUUCAAAUAAAAAUUCGCGAUAAGUCAAGUGCAACUCAUGCAUGAUGUCUAUCUUUAGUAUAAAGGCUCCAAAAUCCUACAAAAGACGAGUCAAGUCCCCCACUCUCGGCGCGCGCGUGUCGCCUCGUCUAUUUGCGUAGCGGAGGCUCCACCUUUCAAGCAUUGCAGUGACCUCAGCAGUGGGCUGAAUUGAGCUGGGUGGGAUUUUCAGUCUCGAAUUCUCAAACGCGCAUUCAAGGAUCCCGAUUUAACGGUGUAUGUGAAGGGUUUUACCGGCGUGAGUUAAACGGUGCGGGUUCGCGUUCGUGUUUGCGUGCAUCUGACGAUAGGGAUCAAAUAAACGAGGAAUGUGGGAUUUACAGAAUGCCCAACAGCGUUGGAAAGAGAUUUAAACCCACCAAAUACAUCCCGGUGUCCACUGCCGCCACUCUUCUGGUUGGAUCCACUACUUUGUUCUUUGUUUUCACGUGUCCGUGGUUAACCAAGGCUAUCUCCCCUGUUGUGCCUCUAUACAAUGGCAUCGUCUUCCUCUUUGUGCUGGCCAACUUCAGCAUGGCCACCUUCAUGGAUCCAGGAGUCUUCCCCAGAGCGGACGAAGACGAAGAUAAAGACGACGAUUUUCGUGCUCCGCUUUACAAAAACGUGGAGAUAAAGGGCAUUCAAGUGCGAAUGAAAUGGUGCGCCACGUGCCACUUCUACAGACCUCCACGCUGCUCGCAUUGCAGUGUGUGCGACAACUGUGUAGAGGAGUUUGACCACCACUGCCCGUGGGUGAACAACUGCAUCGGUCGGAGGAAUUAUCGAUAUUUCUUUUUGUUCCUGUUGUCUCUUAGUGUUCACAUGGUGGGCGUGUUUUCCUUCGGCCUGCUGUUUGUGUUACACCACCUGGAAAAUUUAAGUGCGCUCCACACAACUGUAACUCUGGUGGUUAUGUGUGUGGCCGGACUGUUUUUCAUUCCAGUUGUGGGUCUCACUGGAUUUCACAUGGUUCUAGUGACCCGAGGACGCACCACAAACGAACAGGUAACAGGAAAGUUCAGAGGAGGAGUGAAUCCCUUCACUCGGGGUUGCUGUGGCAACGUGAAGCAUGUCUUGUGUAGUCCGCUUGUACCAAGAUACGUUUCUGAUCCCAGAAAGAAAACACCUGUCACUAUCAAACCACCGUUCCUCCGUCCUGACCUCCCCAACCACCACGUCACCGUAAAAGUCAGCGACAAUGGUAUCCAUAGCAACGUCUUUCUAACCAAAUCCAAGACCAGCCUGGAUGGCGUGGAUGAUAAAAGUUUAGUCGUACAGCCACCAUUGCCACCUAAAGCAGACCGCUACAACCAGCUCAAGAGUUCACUCGCUUCCAGUGAAGAGAGUUCCCUAUCCAGCAAACCCACCAAUCCAUCCACCCCAGCAAUGUACAAAUACAGACCAUCCUUCGGCACCAUGCCCAAAGUGCACUAUCACGCAACAGGAGAGAAGAUCAUAAUGUCUGAAAACGGUAAACCCUCUUCAGUUUUAGAAGAGAGAGGUCACGAUUACCGUUCAGAGCCAAAUCUGGAUCUGCCGGACUACCGUAGCCCAUCUCUCCAUCGAACAUACCAGUCCUCCCCUUUCCAGCUUGACUCCUUCAGCACCACGUCUCGCUCGUUCAGUCUUAAACAGGGAGUAAACAGGUCUGACCGUGGACCGCUAGCCGACGGCAAACCUGAAACGGUCACCUCAACCCCUCACAAAGGAGUCUUUUCCCCUGGAACCCUGUCUGGACGUAACGGCAGUCUCUCCUACGAUAGCUUGCUGACCCCCAGUAUGACACCUUCCGUGGGUGAGUGUGCCGCCCACCCAGGUGUGCCCUCAAUGGGAUUUCACUCACCCUACCUGCCCACUAAAAUGUGCCACGUUCGAGGGCCCGAGUUUCAACGGCAUGCCGGCCCAUCAUCCUACAGCCCUGUGCAUGUUGGUGCGAUGUACGGCCGCCAGUCGCCACACUCAAGAGACCGAGAGCGAGACCCCUCCCCAGUACGUUAUGACAACCUCUCCAAAACCAUCAUGGCCUCCAUCCAGGAGAGAAAAGAGCUCGAGGAGAGAGAGAAGCUCAUGCACACUCAAGCAUCAAUGGCUUACGCCAACGAUUCGGGUGUGUUCGAUACCUGUUCUGGGGCCGCCUAUGGACUUCCACACGGGGUGUGCUACCCUGAUGGCCCCAGAGGUCCCGGCUCCAGAGAGCCCACUCCUCCCGUGUGCGGGUCUCGGGAUAACUUGAUAGGAGUUGUGGGAUACCCUCCCCGAACCCCUGCUCUUCGUUCCUCUAACUCCUCGCUGAUCAGAGCGCCGAGGACUUCCACGACUUCUCUCCACACAGAUGGAAGCAAUGGAGGAAAUAUGCAGGGACGAACGACAGAAACUCAAUAUCGCUCUCCGUUACACCAGACGCGUCAGUCCCCAACCACUGUGCCCCGAUCUCCCUCAUACACGCACCAGAAGGUCGCCUUUAUUACCGCCCUGGAGAGGGCUGAGUCACCACAUCUGGGUACAAGAGAGGACCGUGGUCAAGGUAAAGUCAACGGACAACUAAAGCACGGCCUAGCACGUGACUGCCAUCUAGGGACACCGUCAGGAACUCCACUGAGUCCCAGCAGACACACCAAUGUCAAAAAAGUCACAGGCGUUGGUGGAACUACAUAUGAGAUUUCCGUUUGAUGGAAAGGAAAGCUGUACGCUCCCUGGAAGGAAAAGCACUGCCAUGGCAAAUCCAUCUUCAGUUGUACUCAAGGAAAGUCUGUUUAUUGUUUUAUAAAAUUAUACUUUGACUGACCAGUCAAAAAAGACACUGUGACUGGUCUCAUGGAAGAAGAUGGCCGGCAACUUUCCAUGUGGCCCAGUGUAAAAUAUAAUAUAACAGAUGCCGCUUCGACAAAGGAGCCUCUUGUGGAGCAUUCAGGUCACAUAGAGAUCACACACACACA